AGACGGGGUUGCAGGGUAUGGGCUCUGCCGGUGCGUGGCGGGACGGAGCGGCGUUGGCGAGGGAGAACGCCCCGAGUGUGAGGGCGAGGAGCGGCGAGAGCAUAGCGAGCUGUCUCUGUGUGUGUAGAUCUGCAGGUCGCUGAAAACAGCUAUUGAGGUAGUCAGUCAGUCAGUCUCUUGGUCGCUGAGUUAGCCGGGGUCGUAGACCGGCUUCGGACUGGCGUGAACGUCAUUUGCAGGGACCGAUUCGUGCCAUUGGAGCCGCAGCCGAUGUGUGGCGACGCCACGUUCGCUCUGCGCUAGACGUCGACUGUACGAUAUGCUCGCCUUCGCCGCACAGAAUGAUCUACUCAGCCGAGUGGGUGAUUAGUAGUGUGGGUGCGAUGGGAACUCCCGGUGAAUUUACCCGUGAACUUUGGUUAUUCAAGGGCUCG